AACCAUUUCUUCUCUUUUCACUCAUCUCUCAAAGACUCAAACCAUGAGCUUCCAAACACACUCUAACAAUAGUGAUGAAGGAAGCAAGGAAUUCAGUUUUUGGAAUACUUCACCAAAUACCAUCAUAACAACAUCUUCUGAAAAAUGUGAUUGUCAUAAUACUCAACUUGGUGGCAAUGAAACAAGAAUAUUCAAUAACCAUUGUUCAAGGAGUAAAGAUAUUUUAGAAGGAAAGAAUGAACUUAUGGAGAUGAUGCAAGACAUGUCUGAGUCUUGCUAUGAACUCUCUUUUCAAGACAUGGUUGUUGAGCAACAUCAAGUGUUGCAAUCAGAAACAGAAACAGAAUCAGUAUGUAGUAAAGCUCAGAAUCUUCGACACGAAAAGCUGAAGAAGAAAAAUAAGAAGAAAAAGGAAAACAAAAGUAAUAGUAGACAUGGUAAGAUAUUGAGAGUUGAAAGCAUGGAUAGUGAAACUUUUUUACUUAAGAUGUUUUUUCCAACUUCUCUUGAUUGGAUGAAGAAGACUAGUAAAGUACAAAAUGGUUCCAAGGUAGAACAAAAAGAUAAAGAAUGGAGAAUCAAAAGAUUGUUCACAGAAGAUAAACAAAAUACCGGUAGUAGUAGCAGCAGCAGCAACGAUAAAAGCAGGUAUGUUGAUCGCAGCACCUCAUUCUCGCAAAGUUGCUUCCCAUUCUUUCAUGAUAUAAAAAGCAAAUCAAAGAAACUUGGAGGAGGAUGAAUAUGUUGCUUACAAUAUGAAGAGUCUCUUGCUAGCUUGGAUGGAAAUUCAGAAUAUUUGAAAUAGAGGAUUCAAGGGUGGAGAAUUGCUAAGGACACUGUAGUCAUUCUUGAAUUAUUGGGUUUUGAUUGAAGUAUAGUGGCAUUCAUUUUACAUAUUUGAUUUGAUAAUUAAAAUUCAUCUUCAAAUAUGAGGAAAAGAUGUAGUUUUAGCCACAAGAAUCUUUGUUUAUUUCACUCCAUCAGCUAAAAUAUUAAUCCAGUA